GGGAUGCAGUCGCCGGAGGCUCCAGGGCGGAAGCGAGGGCGGCCCGGGAAGAUGUCUAGACAUAGCCUGUUCUCAGCUCCUGCGGGGUCCAUACCGGAUACGGCCACCACCAAAAGAAGAGGGAGGAAACCGGGCUGCAAGCUGAAGCCUCCUGUUCUAAUGACCCCCCUGAGCACUUCACCUCCGCGAGGCCCCCAGGAGCCAGGGGUCAGCUCGACCCUGCCCGAUGCAGCCAUGGUGUCCAGCUCCUCCACCCUGCAGACUCUCAAAGUUUGCAUCUUCAUCAACAAGCAGGCCGGCUCUGGUCCAUAUCUGCAGCGACGGCGAGUGCUGCGGCUUCCGGCCCACUUUGGGCCUGCGCGGCCAGCAGCAGCGCUGCAACAGGUGGUGCAGGCCUGCAUCGACUGUGCCCGCCGGCAGAAAACCGUCUUCUCCCUGGUCACGCAGGGCUACGGCCGCGAGCUCGUGUCAGUCUCGGCCUCCUUCGAUGGGCAGCAGCACCAGCUGAGCCUGCCAGUGGUCAACAGCCCAGGCUACGUCCUUCGCUUCCUCCAGCAGCUGUGCCGGAGCCUGCUGUGUGACGAUCUGUUCAGCAGCCAGCCCCUUCCUCAGCCCGGUGGCAUGGCCGGCCCCCUGGGGGAGCGUGAUGCCAGAGGGAUGGAGGCUGCAGAAACACCACUCUCUGGUGAGCUGGAGAAUCCGGUGGGCGUGAAGCGCUUCCAUGGGGAUCCUACUGGCUCAGCCUCAGGCUGCUUGGGCUCCUCCCCAUCGUGCCCCUUGCCCGGUCACCUCAGGGGAGGAGUCACUCACUACUCUGGGGCUGCCGCCUCCUUCUCCUCCUCUUCCUCCAGAGCAUCAGUGACCACAAAGAAGCAUCUCACAUCCAUUCCCAUGAGAAAAGGAACUUAUCUCAAAGAAAACCGAAGAGCUGCAAGCAAGCCUUCUCCAGACUGGCAGCCAGCAGCUGGACCUUGGGGCAGAAGCCCAUCCGCCUGGACGGUGGAUGAUGUGGUCUGCUUUGUGAAGGGCGUAGAUCCUCGGGCAUUCGGACCCCAUGUGGCACUCUUCAGAAAACACGAAAUCGACGGGAACGCCCUCCUCCUCCUCAAGAGCGAUAUGGUUAUGAAGUAUUUGGGGCUGAAGCUGGGACCCGCCUUGAAACUCUGUUAUCACAUCGACAAACUGAAGCAGACCAAGUUCUGAGCUCCCUGUGGCUGCGCCCCCCGCCCACCCGGCCCGAGGGUGGAGACCCCAGCGGACCAAGCCCAACAUCGCCGAGACUCCGCCAGCAUCCC